AUGAACCUAUUCGAAGAAAGCGGAAUGGAGAAGGUUAUGAUAAUGAAUAUCGAGGAUCUUGACAAGUACUGUAACCGUUCACUUGAUCGUAACGCGAUAUCAGAAUCUGACUACAGAUCUGCACCGUUUGACGACUAUUGUCUUCAGGUCUUCUUCUAUCAACUACAAACAUCUUUAAGACGAUUUAAUGAAUGGGAAGAAAUAGUCUACACCACCAUUUAUGUGAUUAUUUCAAUUCUGGCUCUCAUUGGCAACGGAUUGGUUAUUAUGGCUGUUCUCUGGAAACGAGCAAUGCGGACAAAUCGUAAUGUUCUUAUACUGAAUUUAGCAUUGUCAAAUUUGGUACUCGCCUUGACCAAUAUUCCAUUUUUAUGGUUACCGUCAAUCGAUUUUGAAUUUCCUUACUCUCGUUUCUUCUGUAAAAUUGCUAAUGUACUGCCUGGUAGCAAUAUAUACUGUUCAACUCUGACCAUCUCCGUUAUGGCAAUUGAUCGAUACUAUUCGGUAAAACAACUGAAAGUUUCAUCAAAUCGUCGCCAAUGUAUGAAAGCAAUCUGUAUCUCUUUGACGAUAUGGGUCGUAUCGUUUUUCCUCUCCUUACCGCUUCUCCUUUACUACGACACGACAAUGCUUUAUGUUGUAAAGGAUGUCAACGUUCUGGAUGAGAAGGGAGGUGUGAAACUUCGAAGUUAUGGUUGGCGACAGUGUCGUCUAGCACCAUCAAGAUCAACAACACUUGAAAUGUCCACACAAGAAAUUCAGUUGUUGAUGUCGGUACUUCAAGUUGUUUCAUUGUAUAUAGUACCAUUAUUCGUUUUGUCAAUAUUCAAUGUUAAAUUGACUCGUUUCCUAAAAACAAAUGCAAAUCAAAUGGCUAAGAAUCGUGCAGAGAGUCGUCGACGACGUUUGGACUUACAGAAUUCUGCUAGAAGAAACGAGGUUAAUAGUGGGAGUCUUCGAUCACAAUCAAUCCCAUCGUUACGGAAUACGAUUGCGGAACGUGCCAGUGAUCGAAGAACCAGCCGAACUACGGCUCUUCUUAUUGCAAUGGCUGGUAGCUAUGCUGCCCUAUGGCUUCCAUUCACUUUAAUUUCGCUUUUACUCGACCUAGACAUCUUAUAUGUGGAAUCUCAUGUUGCCGUAAUCGAACGUAUCGAUCAAACAUGUAAAAUGGUCUCUAUGCUCUCCAUAUGUGUCAAUCCUUUUCUAUAUGGAUUUCUUAAUACAAAUUUUCGUCACGAAUUCUCUGAAAUUUACUUUCGUUAUGUAUUAUGUAGAGCGAAGAGGACAGGACAAGCACGAUUUCAGCAUGAUUUCUCUUCUCUUGCUGGCUGUACUAGGCACAACUCGGUGUAUUUGGGUGUAAACGAGGCCGAGAACGGCCUAUGCUCGAUUCUUCGUCGUUCGUUCGCCGGAUCAAUGGAGCGAUUACGUACACCGUUACGCAAUGAACAGACACUUAGUAGUACAGUCAGCAACAAACAACAAAGUUCCAUCGCCGGUGCUGAGCAACAAUCGCAUUCAGAGACCGAGCAUUUCGGCUGCGAUCGCAUGGCCAAUCGAAUUUUACUGGACGCUGAUUCGGAAAAGGACAGUUUUGUGUAG